GGCGUGCUGGUUAGGAAGGGGAGGUCAGAGGUCGCCGGGGCAGAAGGCGUUCCUGCCGCUGGCCUUGUCGCUAUGUAGGGGAGGGGUAGGCACCCUCCUCCAGGUUCUGGAAGGUUCUUGGGCUCGACUAGGGCGGUAGCCCCAGGACUUCUAGUCCCCGGCUUCGGGUUUCUGCCGGCGGAGCGGAGCUGCCGCCGCCAUGUUUGGCUGCUUGGUGGCGGGGAGGCUGGUGCAGACAGCUGCACAACAAGUGGCAGAGGAUAAAUUUGUUUUUGACUUGCCUGAUUAUGAAAGUAUCAACCAUGUUGUGGUUUUUAUGCUGGGAACAAUCCCAUUUCCUGAGGGAAUGGGAGGAUCUGUCUACUUUUCCUAUCCUGAUUCAAAUGGAAUUCCAGUAUGGCAACUCUUAGGAUUUGUCACGAAUGGGAAACCAAGUGCCAUCUUCAAAAUUUCAGGUCUUAAAUCUGGAGAAGGAAGCCAACACCCUUUUGGAGCCAUGAAUAUUGUCCGAACCCCAUCUGUUGCUCAGAUUGGAAUUUCAGUGGAAUUACUGGACAGUCUGGCUCAGCAGACUCCUGUAGGUAAUGCUGCUGUAUCCUCAGUUGACUCAUUCACUCAGUUCACACAAAAGAUGUUGGACAACUUCUACAAUUUUGCUUCAUCAUUUGCUGUCUCUCAGGCCCAGAUGACACCAAGUCCAUCUGAAAUGUUCAUUCCGGCAAAUGUGGUUCUGAAAUGGUAUGAAAACUUUCAAAGACGGCUAGCACAGAACCCUCUUUUUUGGAAAACAUAAUUUGAAUAAAAUAAUUUUUAAUGGA